UUCUAGAUGUUUUGUUUUAAACAUAUUUACAAUUAUUGUUUUACCAUCUUAAGCUGUAUGGUGUAAAGCGUUGCAUGCAAUAUAUCAAUUUAGAGUAAGAUUAUGCAAUCCGAAAACAUGAUUUACUUAUGUAGCAUCUUAUUGGGGAUGCUAUGCAAUACUGUUUCAUCAGAAGGAAUGAAAGGCCUUUGUCAAGGCGUAAGAGAACACGUGUGCUGUGCAGGAUACUUAUGGAACAUUACAACAAAAACGUGUCAAGAAUGUAGCCCAGGACUUUAUGGAAUAAGGUGUUCACUACAAUGCCAAUAUCCCAGCUAUGGUAAGGCAUGUCAAGAAACUUGCCUUUGCGAAUCAACUUUCUGCCACCAUAUUACAGGCUGUAUCAGGACAACUAGUCAACCAAUUCCCGUUUCUUUAGCAAUAGAGACCACUGCGCAUAUAGAAACGAUAUCCUACGAGAAGCAAACAGUGAAUUCCAUUUCAAGUACGACACAAUCGCCAUCUAAGCUCGAUAAUACCAAAAUACUACUUUUAGGGAUUAUUGCUGUUAUUGGAUUUUUUGCUGUAAUAUUUUCUAUAUUCUGCAUGUUCUAUAUUUUUAACAAAAUGUGUCAAAGAAAAAGGAUGCAUUUUGAAAACAUACCUCGAUCCUAUGGCCGUAUACAGAAAGAACAAUCUGCUGUGAAUAUGGAGCUAAAUACAGAUGGAUUAGAAAUAGCUGGGGAGAACCUAGAGCUGUCAGCAGAAGUAAGUGAAGUAAAUGAUCAUUACGAGAGGGUUGAGGACAAUGUGGAUGGUUUUGUAUAUUAUGGGAACGUCAACGUCAGGUCAUCGGCAAGCGACGCAUAUUUAUACCCCGUCGCACAUAUCUGAAAACGUACGAGAGAAAGAAGAGGUGCAAAUAAAAGAUGGAUGAUAAGAAUCACUAGGAGACAUUGUAAGACUCACGAAGUGUACACUUACAUAUUUUUGGAAUCAUUCCUGUGCACAAAAGUGUGUUGAUGAUGCAUCGGUACAAAUCAUAUUCUUUUUGAAAUGUCAACAUUUGCCUUUUCUAACAAACUUAUCAUUCAUCAAUCUGGUAUAGAUAAUAAGAUAUUUCAUACCUAGAUUAAUCCAGGGAUAUAAAUCCUGCAAAAGAAUAAUGAUACUCACAAGAUUGAAUGUCGUUUUUCAUUUCACAAGUUCAGUGCAGCGAGGUGGUCGGCAGUGGUACGUCAUGUGGGGUCACUUAAUGGGCACCCAAGGGUGAAAUGCGGGGCUACAGAAUGGGCUUCAAAAUGACCAGCUCGAUGGGAUUAGUUCUUAUAUUAUCUUCAGGGCAGGGGGCCCGCAGUUUACAUGUCGCUGGAGGACCGUUUAAAAUGUUAGAGACAAAACUAGAGGUUCGAAUAUACCCAGUUGGUGCAGCUGGAGAGUUUCAUCAAUUAGCUGCGGCGAGUGAGUGUGUCUUAUUUGGUAUUAGUUACUGAGUAAUUAGCCAGGUUGUUUAGGAAUGUAGAUAAAAGGUGUAGAUAACGAGCAGUGAUCAAUAUCAUAACUCAUAUAAGCAAUACAAAAUAAAUACUUGGGCAAACACGGACCCCUGGACACACCAUAUUUGGGAUCAGGUGCCUAGGAGGAGUAAGUACCCAUGUCGACCUGUCAAUUCCGCCGUGAACCAUAUAUCUUGAUCAGGUAAACGGAGCUAUCGACAUGAAACACAUCAGACAGCAUGUGACCCAAUGAAAGAUUGGAUUGGCAAACUAGAUCGUUAAUGGACAUGAUAACUCUUAUCCAAGGACUUAUGUUAAGCUUUCAUCAGGUUGGGAUAGCUUGGUUGUACGCCAAGUACAGUCCUGAGACGGUGCGACCUGUCAUUUUUGUCAAAACUUAACCUUUAUUUAUCAUUAAUUAAUCGUAUAUUAUAUUCUAAAGUUCACACAUAAGAUUUAUAUCAUUAACUUUGUGUUAUUUAUAUUUUGUUUUUAAAUUUGAAGAAAAGACAACUAGGUCAUGCUUCUCUUUAAACAGCCACAUUUCGUAAUAGGACCCUUUAACCACUCAACUUUGAAUUAUAUCCUGUUACUUAUUUCAACGUGAAAGAGUGUUUAUAUAUUGUCUUUAAUCGUAUCGAACCAGGCUAUUGACGAACAAGUUGAUGGUGCAGAAAUUUCAACGCUCUCCUUUCAAUUCAACAUAUCUCAAAUUCUAUGAUCAUUAUAACGAUCUAGUUUGCCAAUACAACCUAUUAUUGGGUCAAAUGCUGUCUGACAUGUUUCCUACCGAUUGUUAGGCCGUUCUUGGUACUCUGAUUUUGACUACGGAUAACUCCGUUCACCUGAUCAAGGUAUAGGACCCAAGGCGAAUUUGACCGGUCGACAGGGGAUGCUUACUCACCCCGCCGUCUGACCCCAUUUCUGGUAUAUCAAAGGGUCCGUGUUUGCUCAACUCUCCAUUUUGUAUUGUUUUUAUGAGUUAUGAGAUUAAUCACUUUUCGUUAUCUUCACAUUUCAUUACUUUAACCAACAAUGUGUAUUUUUACGUCUCUGGAUAUCGUUUUCGGAAAAUUAAAUGAAUUGUCAUAAAGCAUUCCCCAUCGAUUGAUCUUUUUGUACACAUUAAAUUGCUUGGAACACAUUUGUUUUUCUUAAAAAUCUCACAAUGAAUUAGAUCAUUGUGUUCCUGUUGGUAUUUUAUAUAUACUGUCAUAAUCCCCGAACAUGAAAUGACAAUAUUUACAUUGAAAAAUUAUUAUUUCCAAAAUGAUGGAGAGAUGUUUUUGUUGCUGAAAAGUUACCUUCAGAGCGUACAUGACCUACUUUCACA